AUAUAUGAGAAACUCUCAAAAAAACCAGGGCUCUGGGGUUUUAGACCUCUCUCUCUCUUUCUCUCAGUUUCUCUCUCUAUAUGUUCACAUGCUUCGCUUGCUCUCUCUGGUGCAGCUAGAUCUCUGAUCAGGCAUUUUUUGAGUUGUAUGGGAGCGCAUAGUCUCUAGAGAUAUUGUCUGCAUAUGCAUUCUAAGCGUUCCAGUGAAGGAGAUGGGCCUGUUUCCAGGCCAGUACGAACAAGUGAUAGGCUCAGGAGAAGGCCAAAAUUUAUUCGUAAUAAUAGGACAUACUUUUAUUACACUCCAAUCAAUCGCCCCAGGAAAACUAAAACUAAGACAAGGACAGCUGCUUCUCAACUUGCCAAGAUGUUAUCAAAUCGGCCAACUCGGAGCCCCAAUUGUAAUUCAGUCUCAACCAAUCUUCGGCGCUCAACCAGAAAGAGGAGGAUUUCUGUAAAUCUUGAAGGUUUCACAGAUAGUUCUGGAUCAGAAGAUGAAGACUUGAUGAAACCAACUUUUCGAGGCUUGAGGAACCGGAUUGAUAAUAGUGUCAGUCAGGAUGAAUUAUCAUCUGCAAAGCAUAAAAAGAUUGUAGAUACAAGAUCAACACCUAGACGUGAAGGACUACGACCCCGCCGUUCAAAAACAGUGGCAAGAGAACAGUUGAAGUUGGAAUCUGGUGAUGAAGAAGAUACUUUUCAGGAGAAGGUUGUUCAAGAUGAGACAGAAAAUGGGAAUGAAAUUGAUGAUGAUGAUGUCGAUGAUGGUCAGAAUGAUGGCGAGGCUGAGGAUGAAGGUGAUGGAGAGGGUGAGGAUGAAGGAGAGGAAGAUGGUGAUGAUGAAGAAGGUGAAGAAGAAGAAGAAGAAGAAGAAGAAGAAGAAGUGGAAGAAGAAGAACAGGAGGGAAGGAGGAGAUAUGAUCUGCGAAAUCGUGCUGAUGUCCGCAGGCUCUCUAUGCAAGAAGGUAAGCAAAGACCACAAUCUCCACGAAGGGUAUUGCACCAAGGAUUAGGAACCAGGGUUAAUAGGGAUGUAAGGAAGGGCGGAUCACGAGUUCACAAGCGUCAUCGUAUGACAAGAGCUGAAGAUUCUGAUGAUUCCCUUCUUGUGGAUGAGCUGGACCAAGGUCCUGCUAUUCCUUGGGCUCGUGGAGGGAGCAGAUCUGGUCCACCUUGGCUCUUUGGGGGAUUAGACAUGCAUGGAACAGCAGCAUGGGGACUAAAUGUUGCAGCAUCGGGUUGGGGUCAUCAGGGUGAUGCUAUUACUACAUUAACCUCUGGGAUCCAAACUGCUGGGCCAAGUUCUAAGGGAGGGGCAGAUAUCCAACCUUUACAAGUUGAUGAAAGUGUGAGUUUUGAUGAGAUAGGUGGGCUUGCAGAAUAUAUUGAUGCUCUGAAGGAGAUGGUUUUCUUUCCCUUGCUAUAUCCAGAUUUCUUUGCCAGCUAUCACAUCACCCCACCAAGGGGGGUUUUGUUAUGCGGUCCUCCCGGCACUGGGAAAACAUUGAUUGCCAGAGCAUUAGCUUGUGCUGCUUCGAAAGCUGGCCAGAAGGUUAGUUUUUACAUGCGAAAGGGUGCUGAUGUACUUAGUAAAUGGGUAGGUGAGGCUGAAAGACAAUUGAAACUGCUAUUCGAAGAGGCACAAAGGAACCAGCCUUCCAUAAUCUUCUUUGACGAAAUAGACGGACUUGCUCCUGUGAGGUCAAGUAAACAAGAGCAGAUUCACAAUUCUAUUGUCUCCACCUUGCUUGCAUUGAUGGAUGGUCUAGAUUCUCGUGGACAAGUUGUUUUGAUUGGAGCAACCAACAGAGUUGACGCCAUUGAUGGAGCCUUGCGUCGCCCUGGUCGGUUUGACCGCGAGUUCAACUUCCCUUUGCCUGGUUGUGAGGCACGCGCUGAAAUACUGGACAUUCAUACUCGGAAGUGGAAACAACCUCCUUCAAAGGAACUAAAAUCAGAACUUGCAGCUAGUUGUGUGGGAUACUGUGGUGCUGAUUUAAAAGCACUAUGUACUGAAGCUGCCAUUCGCGCUUUCCGUGAAAAAUAUCCUCAAGUGUACACAAGUGAUGAUAAGUUUCUUAUUGAUGUUGACUCGGUCAAGGUUGAAAAGUAUCAUUUUAUCGAAGCCAUGUCAACAAUUACCCCUGCUGCUCACAGAGGCGCUGUUGUGCAUUCUCGGCCAUUGUCUUUAGUAGUUGCACCAUGUCUUCAAAGACAUCUCCAGAAAGCCAUGAAUUGUAUUUCCGAUAUCUUUCCUCCUCUUGGAGUGUCAUCAGAGUUUACCAAACUUUCUAUGCUUUCCUAUGGGUCCGCAAUUCCUCUUGUGUACAGGCCACGACUUUUGCUAACUGGUGAUGAAGGUUCUGGCCUGGAUCAUCUUGGGCCUGCAGUUUUACAUCAACUGGAGAAAUUUCCAGUUCAUUCUCUUGGGCUUCCUUCUCUUCUUUCAGAUCCCAGCGCAAAGACACCUGAGGAAGCAUUGGUACAUAUAUUUGGUGAAGCAAGGAGAACAACACCUUCAAUCCUUUAUAUACCUCAAUUCAGACUUUGGUGGGAAAAUGCUCAUGAACAGCUCAGAGCUGUUCUCUUGACUCUGUUAGAAGAAUUGCCGUCUGACCUGCCCAUAUUAUUACUUGGAACUUCUACAGAUCCACUUGUUGAUAUUGAUGGCAAUCAAAUUCCAGUGUUUCCUCAACGUUCAAUCUAUCAAGUGGGCAUACCAUCAGCAGAAGACAGAUCUGUAUUUUUUGAACAUUUGAUUGAAGCUGCUCUAUCAGUCUUGUUAGAAGGCAUGACCAAGAAAUCACAAGAAUCAGUAUCCCUACCUGAACUUCCCAAGGUACCAAAAGUGGCAAGUGGCCCAAAGGCUUCAGAGUUGAAAGCAAAGGUAGAAGCUGAGCAGCAUGCUCUUCGCCGAAUGCGGAUGUGCCUUAGAGAUAUUUGCAAUCGGAUAUUGUAUGAUAAACGAUUUAGUGCCUUCCAUUAUCCUGUUACAGAUGAGGAUGCUCCAAACUAUCGUUCAAUAAUCCAGAACCCUAUGGACAUGGCUACUCUACUGCAACGCGUCGACUCUGGUCAGUAUAUUACAUGUUCAACAUUCCUGCAAGACAUUGAUCUCAUUGUGACCAAUGCAAAGGUGUAUAAUGGAGAUGAUUACAAUGGUGCUAGGAUCGUUAGUAGGGCUUAUGAGCUAAGGGAUGCGGUGCAUGGAAUGCUUUCACAGAUGGACCCUGCACUUGUUGCAUACUGUGACAAGAUUGCUGACCAGGGGGGACCAGUUCAUGUACCAGAUGAUUUAGGGGGAUCAAUUUUUCCUCCAAACCCAGUGGUGCAACAGGGAACUGUUACUAGAGCAAGUGCUCGACUACGAAAUGUCCAGCCAGAGGUUAAUUUGGAUCAAAGCUAUGAAGCUUUGAAAAGGCAGAAGAAAAGCACUGAUGCUACGCAUGCAGAAGAUAAAGCACAGCAGCAAGAUGCAGUAGAGGCAAAACCAUCGGAAGAGCCAGGGGCAAAUGACAUGGAAAUUGAAAGGCCAGAAUCCUCAUCUGUUGAUGGCAAUAGGCACCAAACUUGUGGAGAAACUUCUGUGAAUAUUGAAGGGAGUGGAUCCCGCAAUACAUUGGAUUCCGAAAUAUCAAGCCACGUCAAGUAUGUUAAGCGGCUCUUUGUGGAACGGACAGAAAAUUAUGGCAUUCCACAGCUUGAAAGACUCUAUACGCGUAUUAUGAAGGGUGUUUUCGAAACUAAGGACAAAGGAGGUGAAGACAAUCCCAAGUACUCAAUUUUGAAGUUUUUAGUGAAAUUUGCUGAAGAUGAGACAAAUUUCUGAACUAAAUACCUUGUUCUCCAUUUGAUAGGGGGAAAAAAGAAGAAAAAAGAAAUCUUGCAGUUAGUUGAUGUAAAGUCGGGAUUUUUUUUCAAUGCAAAAUUAUUGAGUGAAAAGUAGUUCUCUGUCCUUCCAGA